UUUUGAUUUGAUAUAAGAUUGCCGAGGAAACGAAGCUAAGCUAAUCUAACAAUGUGGAGUUCAAAUUCAAUGAUGAUGGUAUUGUGUGUUGGAAGCAUUGCUAUUAUAUUUCUGAUCUCAACUGCUUCAGCUAACGACGUCGUUGUGCUCACAGAAGACAACUUCGAAAAAGAGGUUGGCAAGGAUCGUGGCGCUCUCGUUGAGUUUUAUGCUCCUUGGUGUGGACACUGUAAAAAGCUAGCCCCAGAGUAUGAAAAAUUGGCUACAAGUUUUAAAAAAACCAAUACCAUUUUGAUUGGGAAGGUUGAUUGUGAUGAACAUAAAAGUGUUUGCACUAAGUAUGGAGUUUCUGGUUACCCUACAGUUCAGUGGUUUCCCAAGGCAUCACUAAAACCAAAGAAGUUUGAGGGUGCACGCACCGCGGAAGCCCUUGCUGCUUUUGUAAACAUUGAAGGAGGUACCAAUGUGAAGAUACCUUCUGUUCCAUCAAGUGUGGUAGUUCUCACUCCAGAUAACUUCGAUGAAAUUGCCUUAGAUGAAACAAAAGAUGUUCUGGUGGAGUUCUAUGCACCAUGGUGUGGUCAUUGCAAGGCCCUUGCUUAUACUUAUGAAAAGAUUGCUGCAGUAUUUAGGAUGGAGGAAGAAGUAGUUAUUGCGAAUGUUGACGCUGACGAGUACAAAGAUUUGGCUGAGAAAUAUGGUGUUGCUGCCUAUCCCUCGCUGAAGUUUUUCCCAAAGAACAAUAAAGCUGGUGAAGAUUUUGUUGGUGGUCAUGAUUUGGAUGAUUUUGUAGCUUUCAUUAAUGAGAAAUGCGGCACCAACCGUGAUGAACAGGGUCAACUUACUUCUAAGGCUGGUAUAGUAGCAUCUCUAGAUAAUUUGGUGAAGGAGUUUAUGAGUGCUGAUGAUGAUGAGAAGAAGGUUGUCUUUUCUCGACUUGAAGAGGAAGUUAAGAAACUUAAGGGUUCUGCUGCAAGAUAUGGCAGCCUAUACUUAAAACUUGCUAAGAGCGGUAUGGAAAAAGGUGCAGACUAUGCGAAGAAUGAAAGUCAUCGUCUAGAGCGUAUGCUUAAGAAGUCAAUAAGUGCAGAAAAGGCGGAUGAAUUUACUCUCAAGAAGAACAUCUUAUCUACUUUUGUUUGAUCUUAUGGUUGUAGAAUAGUCAUUAAUAUAAAUUAUAUCAAGAGGCAUGACGUGUAAUUCCUGAGUGUGUAGGUAUUACUGCCCUGGUUUUCUGAUGACCAUGCCCUCUAAAUAUGCAGUCUUUUAUGCACACUUUUUCAUUCUUCAUGUAUCAAAUUUUGUAAAAAUUAAAGAAAAUGAUUGAUUUUCAUUUGAGAAAAUAUAUUAUAAAUCUUCUAUUUGAAUGGCUUCCGGUUCAAGA